AUGUCCUUGCCAGAAUCCUUUGCUUUGACUGCCGAAGACGCCAAGUUGUUGUUGGCUGCCAACGUCCACUUGGGCUCGAAAAACGUCCAGGUCCACAACGAGCCUUACGUUUACAAGACCAGACCCGACGGUGUCAAUGUCAUCAACAUCGCCAAGACCUGGGAAAAGAUUGUUUUGGCUGCCAGAAUCAUUGCCGCCAUUCCAAACGCCUCCGACGUUGUUGUGUGCUCGUCCAGAACCUUUGGCCAAAGAGCCGUGUUGAAGUUUGCCUCGCACACUGGAGCCACUCCAAUUGCCGGCAGAUUCACCCCAGGUAACUUCACCAACUACAUCACCCGUUCGUUCAAGGAGCCAAGAUUGGUCAUUGUCACCGACCCAAGAACCGACGCCCAGGCCAUCAAGGAAUCGUCGUACGUCAACAUUCCUGUCAUUGCUUUGUCCGACGUGGACUCUCCAUCUGAGUACGUCGACGUUGCCAUCCCAUGUAACAACAAAGGUAAGCACUCCAUCGGUUUGAUCUGGUGGUUGUUGGCCAGAGAGGUUUUGAGAUUGAGAGGCAUCAUCCCAGACAGAGAGGCCGAAUGGUCUGUCAUGCCUGACUUGUACUUCUACAGAGACCCUGAAGAAAUUGAGCAAAACGCUGCUGAGGAGGCUAGAGCCGGUGCCACCGAAGAGACCGAGGAGGUUGUUGCUGAGGCUGAAACCGAAUGGAACACCGAGACCAAUGUCGAGGACUGGGCCGACUCUGGUGUCACUGCUGCUGGUGAGGAGGCUGCUGCUUCCCAAUGGUAG